AUGUCUCGGGGAACUUUUGAUUUCGUGUGUCACAAGAUAUCUGGUAAUCUUUUGCGUCAAGACACAACCUUCCGAAAAGCUAUAUCUGUCGAAAAAAGAUUUGCAAUUUGCUUAUGGCAUUUGGGCACUGGAGAAGAUUUCCCUUCUUUAGCAUGGCGCUUUGGUGUUGGAAAGAGCACAGCUUGUGAAAUUGUGAAUGACGUUUACGAAGCAAUUGUAGAUGUUCUACUCUCUACAGUCUUGAAAUGGCCAACUGGUGGAGCGCUACGCACUGUCCUUGAUGGUUUUCUCCAGGUCUGGGGUUUUCCCCAAUGUGCAGGAGCAAUCGAUGGCACGCAUAUCCCCAUUGUUGCACCACCUCAAUCAUCAACAGAUUACUAUAAUAGAAAGGGUUUUUACUCUAUCGUUCUGCAGGCUGUGGUUGAUCACAAAUACAGGUACAACAACACCUGAACACCAAUCUAUAGAAUCUGAAUUAUGUAGAAUUAAGACGUUUGUUUAGGGAAGCCUCACAUAUCGAUUUUUGCACGAGAAACGUCAUAUGUUCGUUUGGGUGGUGGGGGGGGGCAGCUGUGACGUUUCUCUGUAAACAUCAUGGAAAAAUUCGAUAGUUUUUAUCUUUGCAGAAUAUAAAAAAGAAAACAAUUUGAUACAAACAGCAGUCUAUAUAUUCGUAAUACCAUACCUGUUCUAUACCUAUACAUUUAUAUUAUUACGCCUUCCUUGCAUUGAAAACACUCAAAUUUCAAGAAAAACGUGCUAAAAUUAUCAAUAUUUCAUCCAAAAAAGUUGUUUUGAGAAACGCUGGAAAUUUUGAAGUUCAUAUAUAUAUUAAUAAAAAAAGAGUAUGUCAGCAGAAGAUGACAUAUUCCUCGCGGAAGCAUCGCCAAUAGCCGACCGAAAAAAAAUAGUAGAAAAUUACCUUAUGUGUACUCAUAGUGUACUGUAAGAACAAAAUAUCGAUAACUAUGUGUGACGUUUCUAAGGGGGGUGGGGGGGGGGGUCUCCAGAGAAACGAACAUAUGACGUUUCUCAUGGACAAAAUCGAUAUGUGAGGCUGCCCUUAUUCUUGGUUUAGUUAUAUUUUUCAUGCUUUAUUAUUUUCAGUAGUUUUUCAUUCACGUGAGAGAGUAUUUUGCCUUUAAACAAUCCAUUCUAUUUAUUAUGAUCCAUUCCAUCACAACAGUUUCAAGCCUCCAUUUAAAAUAUAUUUAAAGCAUCAUAUUCUUGACUUUUCAUGUUAAUUAUUAUAGAUUUACAGAUAUUAACAUCAAAUGGCCCGGAAAGGUUCAUGACGCACAAAUUUUGGCAAAUUCGGGUAUUUUUAGAAAGGCUGAAGCUGGGCUCUUUUUCCCGGAUGUAAGUUGUAUGAAACUUUAUGAGUUAAAUCAUAAUUUUUUUAUUAUUAAAUGCAACAUAUUUAUGCCACAUUUUGUUAUCUUUCAGAUAACAGUAAACAUAAGUGGGUCUGAUGUACCAGUUAUGUUAAUUGGAUAUCCAGCAUAUCCACUUCUGCCUUGGCUAAUGAAGCGAUAUACAAACAAUGGUAAUCUAUCUCAAGAUCAGAAGAACUUCAAUUAUCGUUUAAGCAGAGCACGACAAGUAGUCGAAUGUGCAUUUGGAAGGUUGAAGAAUAGAUACAGAUGCUUGCUCAGUUAA